UCGGAUUUUUUCUGCUAUUGGAGAGAAAGAGAGAAAUCGAAGAAAUCACUAGAAAAACAAACUUCAUUCAGAUUUGAGCAGCUGUAUUUUGUAAUACGCAAUACGUGUAGUAUAUGCGUAUAUAAAUUUGUAAAUAGUGCAAUAUAUUUUUAAUUACCACGCAAUUUCUUCACAUUUUAUGCACGAUGAUAGAAUUAUUUUCGAGACAAGCGACAUAUAUAUUGCCAUCGAGCGUUCGCAAUUGCGUCUGGAAUUAUGCAAUAAGACAAUUCAGCGAUUUCGUCAAAAUAGUCGAGGUUGGACCACGAGAUGGACUACAAAACGAGAAAAAAAUUUUGCCUACUGAAGUCAAAGUCAAUUUCAUCGACAAGCUCUCGGCGACCGGAUUAAGGAGCAUCGAAGUGACAAGCUUUGUGUCUCCAAAAUGGGUUCCUCAGAUGGCAGACAAUCACCAGGUCUUUCAGCACAUUAAAAAACGAAACGGGGUAUCUUAUCCAGUACUGGUACCGAAUCUGAAAGGCUUACAGAGCGCUAUAGCAGCUGGUGUGAAAGAAAUCGCUGUGUUUGGUGCAGCAUCAGAAACCUUUUGUAAAAUGAACAUCAAUUGCUCUAUUGAGGAGAGUGUAAGGAAUUUCAGAAUAGUCGUGGAGGAAGCAAAAAAGCAUGACAUCAGAACUCGAGGUUACAUAUCAUGCAUUGUUGGUUGUCCCUACGAAGGCGAAACCAAACCAGCUACCACGGCACAUUUAGCUUCGAUAAUGUUAGAUCUUGGAUGCUAUGAAAUUUCUUUGGGCGACACCAUAGGUGUAGGAUCUCCAAGGAAGAUCAAACGUGUUUUAAAUGAACUGUUCCACAUUUCAUCAAACGACAUGAGUUGCUAUGCAUUGCACUGUCAUGAUACUUAUGGCCAAGCCUUGAUGAAUAUACACGUGGGUCUUGAAAAUGACAUAAAAGUCUUUGAUUCUUCAGUCGCUGGACUUGGUGGAUGUCCAUAUGCUGCUGGUGCUUCAGGAAAUGUUGCCACAGAAGAUCUACUAUAUUUUUUGCAAGGCCAAGGACUGGAAACUGGCAUAGACUUAGAUGAAAUAGUUGGAAUCGGUGAUUACAUCAGUAAAGAGCUAAACAGAAUAAAUCAAUCAAAGACUGGAGUGGCUGUACUUGCCAAGAAGAAUCGUCAAAAAUGUUAACCAAUAUUUAACGAUAUUAUGUUUAAGGAUGUUUUCUAAGCAUGUACAGAGAAAAUAUAUUUAGCUAUAAAAUAGAAAAAUUUCUAUUAUUUUCAAAAUAGUAUUCAUUAGAACAAUGUUCAUCUACAUUCUUUUGCUGGAAAGCAUCCCAAGUUUAGUAAGUGCAAGACAAAAC